CGACAGCGCGGCUGUUUGUCCUAUCGCAUACUGUCCCCCUUAGUCUCACCGCCAGUGAACAGCUCGGGAUUUUUUGGUUGCCGCUAUUAAGCACUAAGCUGAGAGAGAGAGAGGGGCCAUGGCCAGUAUUCCCGGUGAUUUUCAGGACAGGGUUUGACGCUGUACAGGAACACCGCUCCUGUCAGGAUGCUCCGGCUGUUUGUUGUCCUGGUUGUUACCGGCUUGGUACUGGCGUGUUUUACUUCCUGGGUAUUGGACAGUUACGACACCACCUGCUACUCUAAACGGAGUUUAGCGCAGUCCCACGGCGAAGACGUUAAGAAGAAAUCCGAGGCACCUUUUCCAGGCGCACAACUGGACAACAUCUUCUGGUUUGUGCAGGUAUCAGACAUUCAUAUAAGUCGCUUCCGUGAUCCAAGACGUGUCCCAGACUUCGAAAGGUUCUGCACAGACACUACUGAGGUCAUUAAACCAGCUCUUGUACUCGCCACAGGGGACUUAACAGAUGCAAAGACAGAGAAUAAAGUUGGCUCUCUUCAGCAUGAAGUGGAGUGGCAGGCCUAUCACAACGUCCUAAAGAAAUCUCGAGUGCUAGAGCGCACAAAAUGGAUAGACAUUCGUGGAAACCAUGAUGCCUUCAAUAUUAUAUCUCUGGAUAGCAUAAACAAUUAUUACAGGAAGUAUUCUGCCAACCAGAAGCUUGGCUCCUUCCACUAUGUACACAGCACUCCCUUUGGGAACUAUUCAUUUAUCUGUGCUGAUGCCACCCUCACUCCUGGGCCUAAGCGUCCCUAUAACUUCUUUGGCAUACUUAAUCAGAGUCAAACUGACAUGCUGGCCACCUUCAGGCAGGAGAGUCAGAGCAGCAAUCAGACCAUCUGGUUUGGACACUACACCACCUCCACGGUCAUCUCCCCUUCUCCAGGGGUCAGAGCCCUGAUGAGCAAGGCGGUGGCAUACCUGUGUGGGCACCUGCACACGCUGGGGGGUCUGAUGCCUGUCCUCCACAGCAGACACUCAACUGGAACACUGGAGCUAGAGCUGGGAGACUGGAUGGACAACCGCAGAUACAGGAUCCUGGCCUUUGACCAUGACCUCUUGAGUUUCUCGGACCUGACGUUUGAGGACUGGCCAGCGGUGGUCAUCACCAACCCCAAAGAUGCUCAGUACCUGCAUCCAGGAGUAGAGCCUCUGGGUCGCAUCUACAGCUCCACACACAUCAGGAUCCUGGUGUUUUCAUCAGCUCCAGUUACAGCAGUGUAUGUGAGUGUGGAUGGAGAGGUCCUGGGGAAAGCAGAGUGUGUAGGGGGACCUCUGUAUGUGCUGGGUUGGGAUCCAAAAGUCUAUUCCACUGGAUUACAUACCAUCACAGUCAAAGCAGAGAAUUUGGCAGGUCGGACCAAGGUACGAGAGCAACUUUUUACCAUGCAGGAGGACCUCACACCCAGCUUUGGCUUCUUCCAGUCUUUCAUCCUCCUCACUGACCACUACAUCCUGGCACGGAUCGCUUUUGUAGCUGUCGUGUUGCUGAAUGUGGGCGUCCUUGUUGCUUUCAGAUUCUUGCACUUGCCCGCUGCCCGAGGGUGGCACGCUCAAGCAUUUAUGCCCCUACACCUUGUUAGCAAGAUCAAUGCUUUCUACUACACCUUGCUGCUGUUUAAUCUGUGUACAGCAUUAGGUCCGUGGUUCAUUGGGGAGGUGAUUGAUGGACACAAUGGAGCUUGCUUUGCUUUCGGUGUGUUUGUGGAUGGGCAUUUUCUUGAGGGCAGUCUGACCUAUGUUGUGGGUGUGAUGCAGUUGAUCUUCUUCAACAUGCCUCUGACAUGCUACCUCUGCUGGAGUCUGCACCAGCGCUGCAGCGGCUGCUCCUUCCGCUCUCACUUCCGCAGACCGGGAUCCCGCUGGAGGACUCUGGCUGUACACGUGGUCAUGCUGCUACUCUUCAUCUGGCAGGCAUACUCCUGCUACUUCCUGCUGGAGACCUACGGCCUGCUGGCUUUCUUCCUGUCUCCGGUGCGUACCUGGGCUCUGCUGAUGGCUCUGCUGCUCAUCUACAAGGUCUGGAGGGGACCAGCUCCAAAUCUCACUUACAAGAGCAACUCGCAGCUAUGACAGCAAAACUGACCAGUUUUUUUUUUUCCCAGACACAGUUUGAAACAUUUUAGUGUUCUACACAUUUGUGUGCCAAAUUCUAACCUCUCUAUCUUUCUAUACAAUCACUACUAAUUUGUUUAUAUCGUAAUAGGGGAAGGUGUACUACUUACGCAAGGGCAUGUUGGGCCAUUUACUUUAGCACUGAUCUUUUUGUGGGACUCUGCUUUUUUUUCAGUAGGUUACACAAGUAUUCCACCAAUUCAUCACUGAAAGUUGUAAAUUGCCUUAGCCAUGCUUGACUGCCAGACUCAAAAAAUGUUAUCAUUUAGAUAAAAUCCAGAUUUUUGGAUGAGCACUGAGACCCUCUGACCUCGUGGUUAUUGACAACCACUCGCAACAUAAUUCGUUUCAUUAAGAGAGCAAUAGUUUGGUUUUAAAAUAAAUAAAUAAAAAAUUCCUGACUGUUGCGGUUUUGCUACUUGGACAUAUGGAUGUCAGCAUUGAGGUUGUUAAAUCUUUUCUGUUUAUUCACAUGCCUUCCAAAUACAAAUAGAGUAUUUGUAUUAUGAUUAUGGUACCUAGAGAUUAUGUACCAAACACAAAUAGAUUAUUCAGAAUGAACAGAUUAUGUUCUAAACAUGAAUUGGAGACUUAUUAUUAUUAUUAUUAUUAUUAUUAUUAUUAUCAUUAUGUAAAGCAAGUUUGCCGGAAAGGUCCACAUGACAUCAAGUUGAGACUAGAGGUGUGCAUCAGGACUGGCAUUCCAAAAAAAAGUCAUACCAGUGAGAGGUUUUCACUUUCAUGCUGGUGAUCAUUCAUUCAUUCUUAGCAACUGUUGGUGGAUUAAAUUAAAUUAGGCUUCUAGUUUUUUCAGACAUAUAUUUUGCAAAAUAGACCAACUAAAUUCAUUAGAAAAUGUUGCGGGCAGGAACAAACAAUAAUAAUAACUGUGUGAACGGGAGUAUAAACAGUGACGGACUAUUUCCCUAGAUUUAAAAAAAAAAAAAUGAAGGGGGGGGUGACUUGUGAUUUAAACCACGCCCACUUUAAAUCCGAAUACACAUAGGAACGGUCUGAGCACUAACCAGAUGCGUAUAGUGGAUUAAGUUACACCCCUAUGUUAUAUCUAUGAAUACAGAAACCUAAUGUCCAACAUUGUGAGUGUGACACGUGUUUCUCGUUUCUGCUUCGAUCAAAUUUCAUCACCAGUUGCACAGGCUCAUCAGAACAUGCCGAUUGUUCAUUGCGAGGCACAAACAACUUAAGGAAGAGUAUAGAAGAGUAACCUCAUGAGAUUUCUUUUAUAUUAGAUUAGCAGAGGACUGGCUUCUGUGGAGACUGUACAGUAUAUGAGUGCCUGAGCUGUAUCCUAGACAUAGUACAAGACUAUAUGCUUUAUUUAUCGUAUUACAUUGGCAAGAGACCUCUGAUCUCACUCUAUGGAAACCACUGUUUUAGUAAAUACGUGUGAGGAUAAACUGUAUGUAUGUAGGAUAGCUUUAUGGGAUCAAGUUGCAGGAAAUGACAAUAGCUCCAUUAAAGUGUCGACUCACGGAAGUUCCAAGGAUUUUUUUUCUUAAGCUUCUCAUGCUGUACUCCAGCUGGAUGUGAUAAACACAGAUUGCAGACUAGGGAAACAAUCCAAGCAAGACAAUUGAUGCAUAACAAUCAUGUUGUACAGAUAGGAGUAAAGGCAGAGAGAAUAUUAGUGUUCAUGUUGGAGAUGUUUUACUGUGUAAUCCACACACACGUUUCAGUCUAUUUCCUGUAAAUGCUGUGGUAGAUUUUAUUACAUUUAUUUAUUUAUUUUUUUGGUGAUUUGUGUUUGAUUACACAUAGGUCAAUUCAGGUCUCUUGAGAAUGUAAAGACUUCAACACUUGGCUGUUCUAGAAGAUCUCUCAACAAUGUGAAGGGUUUCAAAUGGUUUCUUUUUUGGUUUUUGGGUUCAUUCAGAUCAAUAUGUAACUCAAUCUUUGUUCAUUUGCAGUUGUGGUGAAGUGAGAUAUUACUUGAACUUUUUUUUUUUUUUUUU